CAAACCUGAAAUCAGAAAUCUGCUUCUCUCAGAGCUGUCCACAGAGUCCUAAAUUAUACCAUAUUCAUUGGAUGUGUGGCACAUAUGUCACAAAUUCAGGCAUAUGUGUACAUGUGGCUUAGGGAGAGGGACUGGGUAAAGUUGCCUCACCUGGCUGUAGAGGUAUGUAUUAGUUGGUCUUAGUUUAUUAUUCUGAGUACACGUAAUGUUUACAUUAGUAAAGCACAACAGUACAGUAUUAGAACCGAUCCUAUUAUUAGGUGCUGUGCUGACUACCCUGUGUUGUCCCACUGAAGAGUCUCCACUUCAGUCUUAUUUACUAAUGUUUUACGCUUGCUUUUACUGGUGUAAAUGUCAAUACAUGAUGAAAAGCAGUGACUCAUGCCUCCUCUGCCCUCAAGUAGUGCAUAAGGCAGUUAAAAUAAUGUAUACUUCUAUCUAAGUGGCAUGUUAAAAUCUAAUAUGAAGAAAAUUGAAGACAGCUGGCAUGCUUCCUGGUUUGCCAACAAAUUUUUGUAUUUUUAGCUAUAACUACAGAUGCCUUCAGACUGUGGGCUUGAUCUUAUGUUAAUUGAAGUCAUUUGCAAAAUUUCCAUUGACUUUAAUGGUCCAAUCCUGCAAACACCGUAGUCAUGAUGGAAAGCCCUAGCACCCAAUAAUUAAGGUUUGCAAGAUCAGGUCUUUAGUUUGAUUGCGUCUAUAGCUAGAAUGAGCAGCAUUUUAUAAUGUACAGUACUUAAUCAAAUAUGAGUCAAAAAGAAAUGAUAUAGAACAUCUAACAUGAAAUAUAAGUAGUGGAAGGAAAAACAACCAUUCUCUCCAACUGAUACGAACCUUGCCAGUAAAACUCCUGGAUUAUGACCUUAUACAUGUAAAUACGCUUUGAUGAUAAAAAAAUUUCUGGUGGAAAUCCCAUCUUCACUACACAUUUGUUAUAUUACUCAUGAACUUAGUUUUAGACAAAUUUGUUGUAUAUGUGAUGGAUCAUGUAUAUUUGUUUUUCUUCCAAAACUCUGUCAGUUAAACGAAGAACACUUCCCUUUUUUCCAGAGAAGAAGCUACAAGUAAGUCAAGAAAAUGGCUUUUGAAAGUCUGAUUAUUCCAUUUUUAAUGUUCCUCAGCAAAGCUACAACUGAAGAGCUGUGCCCCUUGCGUCGCUCCAUUGAUGUACUUGAAGGGGAAUAUUUUUUCCUUUGCUUCCCUGGAUCAAUACGAGAUAAUCUUCGCAGUAAAACAAACACAGUGACCUGGUUCAAAGAAAAUGAAGGAAAGAUUAAUUUGAUCCAAGAAACACACAGACUUGUUUUAAAUGGGAGAUUUCUGGAGUUUUGGCCAGCUGAACUCAGUGACCUGGGGAAUUACACAUACAUACUCAGCAAUGGAACAUACAAUGUCACAUCACAAAAGUGGUCCCUGAAUGUGCUCAAAAGAAGUAAAGACAGUUGUUUUAACACAAAUCAUUUAUCCAGGCAAGUUAAAGCUGCUGGAAGAAGUUAUACAUUGAAAUGCAAUGCUGUGCCCCACAAUAAAAAUGUCACCAUAACGUGGUACAAGAACUGUAACAUCUAUAACUCUACAAAGGAGGAGGAACUGCAUUUUCCUAGUUUAACAAUUGAAGACUCUGGGAAUUACACAUGUGAUGUUUCAAUUAGUCAUGCUGGAAAGGCAUUCAACGCCACAAGUACAAUAGAGCUGAUGGUGAAAGAUGAUGCAGCUGAAGUUGUUAAAUUGGAGAUAAUUGAACCUGGAGAAAUUUAUGUUGAAACACAAAUAGGUAAAGAGGUGAUACUCAACUGCACAGUUUUCUUGGGUUACUCAAAUGCUGCCAAGCCAACAUACCUCCUGCGCUGGAUAGACAAUAGUUUAAAUUCAUGUUCAGAGAACACUAAGAAGGAACAAUCAAUAUGUGAAAAGGAAUAUAAUUUUGAUUCAGGAAACAAGAAGUAUGCCUCAAAACUAUUGUGGAUUAAAACAGUUAAAGAGGAGGACCUGAAUUGUAAUUAUACCUGUCUCUUGAAAACUACAAAUAAGCCACAAUUAAAAAUAUUUAAACUGAAGAAAGGGAACCCUCCAGAUCUCCACCCACAUGUAUUUACUACUGGAAUAAUCAUGGCUGUAUUCUUUACACUUGUUCCUGUGCUCCUGGUGGUUCUCUCUGUGAUAUUCAGAGUUGACUUAGUUUUAUUUUACAGGGACAUCACUGGAAAAGAUGACACAAUAGGAGAUGGAAAAGAAUAUGAUGCUUUUGUGUCUUAUCUGAAAGACUCCAUAUCUACCAACGUAGAAGAAAGAAAAUUUGCUCUGGAGAUAUUGCCCAGGACAUUAGAAGACCAUUUUGGUUACAAAUUGUGUAUAUUUGAGCGGGAUGUGUCUCCUGGAGGAGCUGUUGUUGAUGAUGUCCAGUCAUUUAUUGACAAAAGCAGAAGAUUAAUCAUUAUACUGAGCCGGAACUACAUUUCUGACAGAGCCAUGUAUGAACUUGAGACUGGACUGCAUAAGGCACUGGUUGAAAGGAAGAUUAAAAUAAUAUUAAUUGAAUACAUGCUUAUAAGUGAUUAUAAUGUCCUGCCAAAAUCACUGGAGCUUCUACCAUCCAGGAGAGUUGUGAAGUGGAAAGAGGAUAAGUCUCUUCCCUCGAAUUCCAGAUUUUGGAAGAACCUUCGGUACCUGAUGCCAGUGAAAGCUUCCAAGUCAAACAUCAGAAGUCACAAUAAUUCUGAGUCCUAUCUCAGAAGAAGGAACUCAAGCGACAACUGUGUGUUGGGAGUCUAAAACAUUCUUAUAACCAAAAAUUGGAAAAGAAACAUGCUGCCGAAAUGAGCACAUGAUGUUACUUACAUAGAAGAUAUUAAGUGCACAUGUUUUAGGGAGGCAACAUGGUCCAGUGAAUAGAGCACCGGCUGGGACUUGAGAGAUGAGACAAAUCCUCAGCUUGUAUAAAUUGUCAUAGCUCAGAGGGCUAGGUUAAUCCUGCCCCUCACCCUUGAGGCUCUGACAGUUUACACAAACUGAGGAACUGUCCCAAGGAAUCUAACCUGACUCUGCCUUGGAUUCAUUGUGUGACAUGGGGGCAGAUCAAAACCUUUCUAUGUCACAGUUUCUUCAUUUCUCAUAGAAAAACAUUAAUUCUGCUUGCACACUUUUGUAAAGCAAUUUGAGCCCUGUGAAUAGUCUAUAUUUUCAAAGUAUUAUUAUUUAGAAAUGUGAUUACUAUUGUUAUUUAUGAUUUCUUUUGUGAUAGCAUGUAAGGACUCCAGUCAGGAUCAGAGCCACAUUGUACUAAGCACUAUACAAACAUAUAACACAAAGACAGUUUCUGCCCUAGGAAGCUCAACAUCUAGGAUUUAGACAAUAUAACACAAGUAAAUAAAGUGACAAAUGGGAGGAGGGGAGUGAUGGAUUGGAAGAAGGGGAUGGGGAGGACACUGUAAUAGUAGAAAUAUGGUGUAUUUGUAUAUAUCAAUCCUAAUAGUAGUCUCAGUAGUUAUAGGUGGUUACUGCCAUGACCAAUGCCAGAUUGUGUUUUUUUAGGCAUCAUGGCAAAGCAAUAUUUUAGUCCCUGGAUUAGUGUUAUUCAACUCAGAGUACUCUAAAUAACUGUUUAGGUGAGGGGAGUGGGAAACAAUGCCUUCUCCAGAGAGGCCAGUAGGUACGACUUGUAUCUGAGCUGCUUCCAGGCGAGGGGCUUGAGGUGAUAGAGGUUGGUACUUUGAUAAACAGAGGGAAAAAUAAUUGCCAAAAUCUAAGAUACCAGCCUUGGUUCGCCAGUGCCUUGGCGUUGUGAGUAGUUAUUUACACCAGGUCAAACUGGUAGCAUUUUGUACAGAUUUUCACAGAUAUAAAUGGUGACAUAAGUGUGAUGUUGCACCCCAUAGUGCUUUAUAAAAAUAUGCUUAUGAGUGUAAAUAUGACAUAACUGGAAUAUGUUUUAUGCUAGAUAUGCCAUGUACCAUAUCUUUGCAAAGGUU